AUGAGAAAUCAUUGGAGGCUCCCGAAAGAAAAUGCGUUCUGGUACACAGGAGAGGAUUGGCUCCAAAACCUCCUGAAUACAUGCGAUGCUGACACCCGGAACAAAAUCCUAAUCAUGCUAUGGCGAGCAUGGUUUCUCAGGGAUAAUAUAAUCCAUAGUGAUGGAAAGGAGGCGAUCUCGAGAUCAGUGGCUUUCCUGCUUAAGUAUGAAGAAGUCAGGUCAGUACAGGAGAAAUCAGAGGCCGAAAGGGGCAUGUUCUGCAUGGAUUUGUUUGAACAGCACUGCCCAGAUCCUCUCAAGCCUGUAGGGAAGCAAUGGCGCCCUCCAGGCAAGGGCGUGAUCAAAUUAAAUACUGACGCUUCUGUUGACCCUGCAUCGGGUGUGAGUGCGUGCGGUGCAGUUGCUAGAAACGAGCAAGCAGCCCCGGUCUUCUCGAUGGGAUGCAAACUGGGCAAAUGUACGACAGUGGAAGAAGCAGAGGGCCUUGCGCUGCUGAGCGGGCUGCAGACUCUGGCAACAUACUAUAACGGAUCAAUACAUGUAGAACUCGAUUGCCUCACCCUGGUGAAGGCGAUCAGCCCAGGCGCAGCAAAUCAGUCGUACCUAUUUCCGAUUGUAGCUGACAUCAAGACAGAGCUGUGCAAGUUUCGAUCUCACCUGAUUGAGUGGGUUCAGAGAGAGAAGAAUAAACUUGCCCAUGGUCUGGCAGCUUUUGCAUCUAGGAACGGCGAUCUCCUCAAGUUGGCUGGCGUGCCAGAUGAGCUGAGUGAUAUAUUGUGGAAAGAUUGUAACCUGACUGAUUGA